AUGGCAAGACUCGUCGCUGUACUCCUUCUCCUUGGACUCCUCCACCCAGUUCUCAGCAUUCGCUGCUUUAGGACUGAUGAGUUUCACAAAAAGAUCAUCGAUAAUCAAAAAGCCUGCACGGCCCAGUUCGACCCACAAGACGGAACGUCGUCUUUCUCUGGGCUGCAGAAACUUCCAAAGAGCUUCACCCAUCAAAAUGAUGGAUGCGUCCUCAAGACCCAAAGAAGCCGCGUCGGGGAAGUCUUUGAUUUGUGGGACUGCGCUUGUUUUACAGACCUCUGUAACGCUCCAAUCUCAUUCAAACAAUUCAAACAUGCGCAGUACUCGCUGGCUUGA